CAUUUGUCAAGUCUGUUUGUUUGUGUCUGUAAUUUUUCUUUGUUUCUCCCGGCAUCUGUUUUUUGACAUCAAAUAUUUUAUUUAUUUUGCAUGAUGGCUGCGCGCAGCCGUUUUCAAAACAACUCAAACGAGUGGGAUUCUAUGAGGGAAGAGUUCAACAAUUCCACUUAUGAUGCCCAGUACCCUGAUGAGGAAACUAGUGGUGGCGUACAACUGGACCACUGCCGUCUCUACAUCACGAACGUGCCGCCUGUCUUGAACGAGGAGGGGCUCCGGGCCGCGUUCAGCAAGUAUGGCACCCUGACAGAGGUGCAUGUUAGUAAAGACCCGACUAAGAAGUACGCCCUGGUCAGGUUUGAGACUCCUGGAGAAGCAAAGUUAGCAAUGACUAAAUUGAACAGGACCGAACCGCUACGACUCAACAUUAAUAUAGCUCACAAGACGAAAGCGAAGCACCAAGAGAACAGGAAUGCCGACCGGGAUAGGGAACACGGGGGUAGAAAGAGCGCUAAAGCAGACACGGCCAGCGUUGGAAGCCGCGGGAGGACAAGGAAAAACAUUGACUUGUCCAAUGGGGAUAAUGACAUGGAGGACGAAAUUGGUGGAAACGAAUUUGAACUGGCUCCCAUGGACCCGGAUUUAGAGCUGGAACUGGAGCAGAUUAAGCUCAAACAGCUGGAGCUGCAGGAGGAGCAGGUGCGAUGCAAACAAAGGCUGUUGUUGUUGAAGACAAGCAAGAGAGCCAGCAACUUGAACUCGUCUAUCAAUAGAUGUAUACUGCCUGAUGGUAGGAUUGUCGUGCGCAAUAUCAGCGAGAGGAACUUGGAGUCUCGUGAUGGCGACACUAGCUUCGGCGCAGGAGCUGGUGAUUCGAAUGAAAGAGAUACCUUAUGCUCCUGCAAAACCAAGCUCAAGUCCUGGGACGAAGCUUCCGAGGGGAGCUCCACUCCGUCCACUUGCGUUCUCUGUUCAGAAGAUAGCCAGAAAGAUCAAACAUACAAGGAGACCGCAGAUAAGUCGAAAAGCAGACUAUCGAAAUACACCAGCAAAAAGUCUGAGUAUUCCACCAAUUUUGCUGAAAGCAAAGCCACUGUUACUAGCGUUAAAUCCAUCGAUGUUUGCAAAAGAUCAAAUUAUACUAGCAAAUUCGCGGACACAGUUAGUAAACAAUCUGAGUGUACUAAUAAGAAAUUUGAAGAUAAUAAGUUAGUAGGAAAUAGAAGUGAGGUUACAUAUGACAUGUUGUACGGUGACUUUUAUAGCGACGACAAUGAAGAGGUAGAUGAAACAAAUAGGCUUAUUCAGUUGAGGAAUUCUGAUUAUAUGGAUAUUGUGGAGGACGCUUUGAAAAUAGUCAUAGCUUUAGCUGGUUAUCCUAAGGCGAAAAUGCGUUUGCGACAAAUGGAAAUGUUUCAACGGUGCCUCACUGAUGUCAUUGACAUGCAGCUGAAGGCCGGUCUUCUAAAGAAGGUUCCAGUAUUUCUGGAUUACUAUUUAAACAGAGGUGCUAUUGUCUGUGUUUGUAAAGAUGUAGAUACUAGGAAUUGGAUGGUGCGAGUGAACCCCGGUUUGCAAGAGCGUAUGUGUACGAAUUUGAUUCUGCUGAAAGCUAAAGUGAAAAGAUUGUGUUUGGGUAUUUUGAAAAUUCCCAUGUCUUGUUGGCCGGCAACGGCGAGAGAUGCUUUCAAAUUGUUGCAGUACUUCAAUCCGACAUUGAAAACGAAUUUGUGGAAGAUAUACUCCCAAAAGUUGAGUGAGAAUGUCGAAACAACCUCUUUUCUUAUAGACAGGGUUUCUGGUGAAAUUAUUCGCGGGCCAAACUUUAAGAAUGUCAUUGACUAUGGACAGAUGGACUUUGAAUUGACAGGUUAUACAGAGAUAUAUUAUGAAUGUUUAUUAUCUGAUAUUGACGAAGAUCUGUCAAGCGUAGCGUCUCGUGUUAAAUUGUUAGAGGAAAUCAAAUCGGCCGAAAACACGCCGAGGAUGUUGUCUGAUGCAAGUUUGAAAGAUAAAGAAAGUCAAGUGUUUGAGAAAGAACAGAAGUGUAUAGAAAUUGUUGAGAAACAGGACGACGAGCCGGAAGAAUAUGGAGAAGAGCCAGUUGUUGAUUUGCCUGAUGAUGAUGUAAAACAUGAACUUGAAAGCUCUCUACAAAAAGAUGUAUUAAAAAAACUCAAAGAUGUCAAAUACAUUGGCGAUAGAAAUGAAGUGAUCGUGUGGUCAGAUGAAACUAAUGUUUACAAUAGUGAUCAGGAAUACGAGAAAGACAAAAUUGAGGAAAGCAGCACCAAUAUUGAAGAAGUGAAUGAUGUGUCCCAUUGCGCAGCUGUGUCUGAUAAGACUGAAUCGUUUAUUGAAAGCAAUGACAAUUUAAUCAGUAGAAAUAGUAACUUGAACAUCGAUAGUAAUAGGGGAAUCGCUUAUCAUAGACGCACUAACUAUCUCCAUGUUGAAAACGACCUUAAGGUAGCUAUCACUCUGGAAGGGUACCCACAAAAUAAAUUAGAGGGUACGCAUAUUAGAAGACUCAAACAUUUGUUCAAAGAGUAUUUGCACAAAGAUAUGAAACAACAGCGUUUCACUGAUCUUAUAAUUCCGAAAUUCCAAGACGUUUACCUAUCUAACGGUGCUGUGAUUUACGUAUGUGAUAGUUUAGAAACUAAAGACUAUUUGACUGAGGUUUUGCCAAGGUUUAUACAUUCCACCGGUUUGAAACUCACUUUUAGGGAUAUAAGAAAUUUGGUUAGGUAUACUAGAAUAGUCAUGCGUUUGCCGAAAGAGAAAGCCCACGUGGAGUCUAUGGAAAUCUUGCUUAAACUGAAAGAGAUGUAUCCAGGUUUAAAACCAGACUGCUGGAAAUAUUACUCUGACGUGGCCGGGAAGCAAAAGCGACAAUUCGGUGUUGAUCGCGAGUCAUUGGAAGUUAUAAAGAGUCCAGAUUUCGAUCCUGUUUUUGAAGGAGAAAAAUUGUCUUUUAGAAUUAUCGAUAGACAAAAACGCGAUGUAAGUUUUGAGGAAAGCAACAAAGAUCGCGCGCCAGAGUCGGAUAACCAGUGGAAAGAAUUAUUCAAAAAAAUGUAUGUACCACUAAAUCCCGAAAUAACUAACGCACCGCUGACUCGCAUAAGAACUAGUCAUUAUUCAGAUUUAAUAGCGGACGAUUUAAAACUUUAUGUAGGACCGUCUAAUUAUCCAGAGGCGAGGGUAGAUGAUGUACUUUUCCGUACUAUUAAGAGAAGUUUGGAAGACAUUGUCUUUGAAUUACCUGAGGAGCAGAUACCGAAAUUCCACGAUAUGUAUUUGUUUGACGGUGUAAUUUUCAUUAUUUGCCAGGACAAAGCUUCCAGACAAUGGCUGGAACAAAAUCUAGUUACAGUUAACAAAAAGUUGCAUACCAAUUUGAAAGCGACAGAAUUCAGAGGCGCUGUCGGUAUUAUAAGUAUGGUUGUAAAAACAGACAAAGAUACUGAUGAAGUGAUAGAUUUACUGCAGAAACAAAAUCCCAGAUUGAGAACAAAGUAUUGGAGGAAAAUAAGUACGGUUCGAACGAAAACCAAAUUAGAUGCGGUCCUACAGAUUGAUAAGUUGUCCGCUCAGGUUAUAACAAGUCAAAGUUUCAAUAAAUACAUAGAUUCGAGCGUCGUAGAGUUCAAACUGGGGCAUUUACAAUCUCUGAUGAAACCUAAAUCUAGUUUGGAGGAGUUGACUAAAACGUACGCGAAAAAACAGAGCAAAGAGAAAGUUCUAAACGAGAAUGAUGGUUUCAAAACUCAUUGGACUGAAGAUCAGGUAAUUGAUAAAGUAACCAGUUGUGAAGAGACAUAUCUUAUGGACAAAUGUGAUAUAGAUCCUGUGAUAAUAGACAAAGAAUCUCCUAAGAGUAACGAAACUGUUUUACCCGACAAACAAACUUGUAAAGUUUUUCUAAAAAUACCAAUGAAUAUAUUGCCGGAGACUGAGGAUGAUUUGAAUAUUAUUUUCGAUUUGUUGGAAGAUAAGAAUCCCGGUUUGAAUACGGAAUUGUGGGAGGUGUAUACGGACGGCGCGUAUCCUUCGAAUGGACGAUUCACUAUAAUAAUGGAUAAACAGUCGAUUUCAGUUAUUAAUGGGAAACAGUUUGACUCGACUAUAGGAGGCGAGAGACUAAAGUUCUUGUUUUAAUUUUAGGUUUUGACUUUGAAUUUUUUAUGGCAACAUAUUAUCUCUAUUUUAUGUAAUGUCGUUUGAUUAGCAAACUAAUUACAUUUUUAUUAUGUAUGCGAAUCGGUAAUUUUACUGUACUGUUAUAACGCGUGCUGUUCUUAGUUAUACUAAGCUAGGUUAUUCAUAUGUUCUAUACGUUAUGUUGACAAAACACUACAAUAGGCUAGUUGACUGUUUUUCCAAGUCUGUCCUUAAAUCGUUCAUAUUUGUUAUUUUUGACAAAAAAAAUACCAAUAAUGUGCAAAAAAGAAAGAAGCAGAAGAAGAUACUUAAAAAAAAUCGUUGAUUAAUGUCGACUUUUCGUUAGAUUUCAUUUUAUACCUCUUUGUAGGUAAAAAAGACAAUUUGAAUGGUUUAAACCGAUUUUAUUUUUAUGGUUUAUAUGAAACAAAAUUUUCUGUUCCUAUAUUAGAAAUAAAUAUUUUCUGACUUAUAAUCCAGUGCCCCACCACUAAGCAUUUAUUGUUGUUAGUUUUUAAUUGUUUACAUAAGUUUUUAGGGUAAGUAUUUUUUUAUGUGCCAGUGUUAUGUGUU